AUGUCAGAAUUAACAAAAUCUGCGUCAAAUAGCGAUUCUGUGACGAUGGAAUCGUCCGCCGAGGAGGCCACAACUCAGUCAAACGUUAUUGCGACCACCAAUUCGAGAGAAUCGCCGAAGGAAGCGGUGGAUGAAAAUCCAGGGGACAAAGACGUCGCUCCAAAUGGUGGUGUAGGAAUUGUCACAGAGCGAAGACGAAGCAAGGCGUCUCGUGCUUGCGACCAGUGUCGUGAAAAGAAGACCAAAUGCGAUUUUGGCGAUGGAUCCCAUAGUGCAGUGUGUUCUGUAUGCAAGAAACUGGGGAAAACAUGCACUUUUGCACGGGUUCCCAUGAAAAGGGGGCCCGUCAAGGGCUAUAAUCGUCAUUCCGAAGACGCAGAUUCAGUAGACGGUGGAAAUUGGGGGGCUCGUAAGCGAAGCUGUUCGGAAUCGUUUCCUGAAGAUUCCGCCAGAGGAAAAAUUGACCUGCCGCCCCUCAAUCAGUAUUUACCAUCCUCGUCAUCUUCCGGACCCCAGCAAAAAGUGCACGGUAUGUUAUCAGUUGUUCAACAACAACAACAGCUGCAGCAACAGCAGCAACAGCAACAGCAACAACCACAUCGUGUGCAUCCACAACAAUUCUGGAAGGUACCUUACCACGAAUACCAGUAUCAACGGCGAGAAUCGGUGGAUUCUCUGGCGAGCGAUGUGUCAAAUCGGCGUGGCUCUGACCAAUUUGCCUAUGCCGCUUCGAAUGCGUCCUCCGCAUCGCCGUUUUACCCCAUGCCACAACCACCACAGCCCGCAUAUGCUCAACUGUCCAAUGCCCCACACAUCGAAGCAGAUCUUCAAUAUUCUAAAGCUACUGCACACCUACCAGCAUUGCAAAGGACUUCGUCCUCAAAAUCAAAUUCUUCGCAGUAUCCGUACUCGCAAUUCAACAACGCACUGCCACAACAUUCAUCUCAGCAGCCAUUCAUGUCUAAUCUUGCCCAACCACAACAAACUCAGAAUAGCGAUCAUGAGCAGUUUAGAGAGUUCAAUCCCGCAUUUCAUUCGCGUAAAAACAGUAAUGCCAGUGAAGCCGUUUCUCCUAGUUCAUCUGUCAAAAUGGUGCCAGUUAAGAUGUCGGCACCCACUUCAAACGUGCCAGAGAAAAGUUUGGGAAAUAACUUGAACCGGGAACGCUCAAAUAGUGAACACGCUUCAUUUCAAAGGGUUCCAGAUGGCUACCCCGACGCGGUGGCACACGAUAGAACCAAUGCCUCUUUGGGCAGGUCAGGGUCUUCGACAAACAAAAGAAGCGGGUCACAGGCUUCAAUGGAUUCUCACAGCCCAAUGGGACGUUCUAUUGUUGUCUAUGGCAAAAUUCCGGACAAUCAGCUGGUAGAUAUCUAUUAUGAAUUCAUUCACCCCACUUUCCCAGUGAUCCCAAUCAACAAACACACCCUGACGAACGAAGUUCUGGUAAUAAACACACAGCCUGUUAGUCACAUCCAUGAACUAAAUUGCUACGUUCUACAGUGGUUUCGAAACUCUCUCGAGCUACUGGUGCGAGUAGCAUUAAAAAAACCGUCGGGCUCGGCGUACGAUUAUAGCGAUGGUAUUGUGGAUGUAUUUGAUUCUCAGACUACGUUUAUUGCCGCUCUUAAUGAAAGCUUCCAAAAAAUAGUGGACAUCCAUCCGAGGCUCCGCGAAAACGAUGGUGUGCUGUCGCAGAAGAUCAAGUUCAUAUAUCUCGCAACUUUCACUAUUUUGAACUAUGUGCUGGCAUUUGUUGGAUAUGACAAUUCAUUUGUGUUAGGCAUGUCAGUCACCAUUUUCAAUGAACUGAAGCUUUUCCGAUAUUUGACGUACGAUGCAAUGGACGUUGUGGAACGACCUGACGGGCAGGAUCCCAUUGUUGCUUCAGAAGAGAAGGGAUAUAACGCUCUCUUCAAAAGGCUAUAUUCAAUACUGGUUAUUUUCGAUUCUUUACAAAGCUGUACUUUUGGAGUUCCUAAACUGAUGAGUGUUCCGCUUCCAGAUUUGAUCUCUGAUACGUUUGCGUACAGUGCCGAUAAGUGGAGCCUAGAACAAGAUAAGUCCAGGGUUGACAUUAUGCAGCAAAGUUUAAGAUUGGGGGAUGUUUUAUCGCGAUUGUCUACGGGCCGCAAAAGCACUUGCAUUGGACCAGGAGCGAUAUGGCCUGACCUACAGAUUCAGGACACAACCAAUGAAAUCUCAACAUCGCAUUUUGCGCAGCUACUUAUAGAAUCACACAAGCUCGUGACUCGAUGCGUAGAUGUUUUACCGGCUUUGAGCGAGCAGCAUAUCGUGGAACUGUGUUUUGCCAUAUGUCAGGUUGUCACCACAAUGCAGCGGGUGCUUACGGCCAUUAUGCGGGCCAACCCUACGAACAGCAUUGAUCCCAAUAAUAGACCUCCUUCGCAACAAGUGGGUGGUGGUGUCUACGCAAAUGAGCACGACAAACCGUCCAACACGACCGAGUCUGACAUGUACAAGAAAUUACUGGGACUUAACGGCAACGCCAGUACGUCUUUGUCACAAGGAACUGUCUCGCCGUUCGUGGUAUCGAUGGUUGCUUAUGUGUCGAAUCUGUUGGAGCUGGUGAAGCAAUUGCCAAGCACGCUGAUCGCGCUGGUCGUGCGGCGGCUGACAUUGCAGUCGGAUUCGCAGCGGGUGGUGUUGGAACUAUCGAAUUGCAUGAGCGAGUUGGUCCAGAUCACAAGUCUGUUAUCUGUGCUGAAACCUUACAAAAUGUUCGAACAAACACCGCGUGCUUUUCGCGGUUCGUCGCUUGCCUUGGCACGACGACUGCGCGAUAGGUAUGAGAAUAAGCCAGAAGAAGAAGAGCAGAAUCGCCAAGACAAAGAUCAAGACCCUGAGACCCUCUCGCUGUCAGAUACCAUAUGGGGACUUUUGUCUACACUCGAAUUAGGCUGGCUAUAG